AUGGUAGUUUUAGUGGUCUUGCUGCUGGCUCUGUUUCCUCACAUGGCACAGGAGGCCCACACCAUUAAAUGCAGGGUUCAGUAUCUACACCACCCACUUCACAAGUAUCAUCAGCCGGGAGAUUUCAUCAUUGGUGGCAUAGCUUCUCACGGUACCUUUAUUUUCAGUUCAGCAAGUUUCUCUGAAGAACCCCCACCUGCAUUGUCAGAAGAGCUUGCGUGGACGUGGAUCGGGGUCGCUGUGGUUGACAAUGACAAUGGAGAAAGAUUUAUACAAAAGGUGCUCCCACUCUUUUCAAGCAGAGGUAUUUGUUUUGCCUUUCUGGAAAAAAUCCCCAAGUUUAGUUUUCUGAAAGAAGGAUACACCCUGAUGCAACAGGGGGCUAAAAUACAUGAUAUAGUGAUGGGUAGCAAAGCCAAUGUUGUGGUGGCCUAUGGAGAAGCUUCGACAACUAUAUUUUUGAGAUGGCUGCCAUAUCUAUCAAUGCUUGGGAGCACAAAAACAAAUACAAAAGGUAAAGUAUGGAUAUCAACAACCCAAGUGGAGUUUAUUUCCGUGGCCUUUCAGCGGGAUUGGGAUGCAACUAUAUUCAAUGGUGCCAUAACCUUCAGAAUUCACUCCAAUGAUCUACCAGGAUUUCAUCAAUACGUUGAGGGCAGAAACCCCUUCAAUGCAGAAGGUGAUGAUUUCAUCUGGGAUUUCUGGCAAAAUGCGUUUGGCUGUGUAUUUCGCCAUCGCAUUCUGGACGAAGUUGUGGGGGAUAUCUGCACAGGAAUGGAGAAUUUAGAGAACCUUCCUGCAUCUCUCUUUGAAAUGACAGUGCAAGGUCAAAGCUACAGUAUCUACAAUGCUGUCUUUGCCAUGGCCCAUGCUUUACAUGCCAUGUCCUUAGCAAUACACAAACACUCACAAAUGGUGAGCAGAGGGAGACAGAAGCUUCAGAAGCAGCAGUUUUGGCAGCUUCAUCAUUUUCUGAGAGGUGUCUCAUUUAACAACAGUGCUGGAGACACAGUGUCCUUCAAUCAGAAUGGGGAGGUAAUAUCUACCUUGGAUGUUAUCAACUGGGUUAUUUCCUCCAACCAGUCCUUUUAUAGGGUAAAAAUUGGGAGGAUGGAUCCUGAGGCUCCUCCAGACCAAGCCUUCACCCUUCAUGAAGAUGCCAUAACAUGGCAUGGAUGGUUUAAUCAGGUUCGGCCUCUUUCUGUCUGUACUGAGAGUUGUCAUGCAGGAUCAAGGAAGAAAGUGAAGGAAGGAGAACCAUUUUGCUGCUAUGAUUGCAUCCCAUGCCCAGAGGGAAAGAUUUCAAACCAGGAAGAUAUGAGUGACUGUGAUAAAUGCGCAGACAAAGACUAUCCAAGCAAGAACCAAGAUGCAUGUAUUCCCAAGGAUAUAAGCUUCUUGUCUUAUGAUGAACCUUUGGGCAUCAGUUUAGUCUGCUUUUCGCUUUCAUUUGCUCUGAUCACAGCUCUGGUGCUGGGUACAUUUGUGAAGCACCAUGACACUCCCAUAGUCAUUGCAAACAACAGGAACCUCACCUACACUCUCCUCAUUUCUCUCCUGCUCUGCUUCCUUUGUGCACUGCUCUUCCUGGGCCAACCAGAGAAGCUGACAUGUCUCCUCCGACAAACCACUUUUGGCAUCAUCUUCUCAGUGGCUGUUUCUUGUGUAUUGGCAAAAACCAUCACUGUGAUUCUGGCUUUCAUGGCCACCAAACCUGGAUCCAGGAUGAGGAGAUGGGUGGGGAAGGAACUGGCCAACACCAUUGUCCUUUGCUGCUCCUUUGUCCAGGCAGGGAUCUGUAUUGUGUGGCUAGCAACCUUUCCCCCAUUUCCAGAUGUAGACAGUUACUCAGUGGCUAAAGAAAUUAUACUAGAAUGCAAUGAGGGGUCUGUGAUGAUGUUUUAUGUUGUUCUGAGCUAUAUGGGCUUCCUGGCAAUUAUUAGUUUCAUUGUCGCUUUCCUGGCCAGGAAAUUACCUGACAGCUUCAAUGAAGCCAAGUUCAUCAGUUUCAGCAUGUUGGUCUUUUGCAGUGUUUGGCUAUCCUUUAUUCCAUCCUACCUGAGCACCAAGGGAAAAUACAUGGUUGCUGUGGAGAUCUUCUCUAUCUUAGCCUCUGGUGCUGGACUGCUGGGUUGCAUCUUUUCCCCUAAAUGUUAUAUUAUUGUGUUCAGGCCUCAGCUGAACAACAGGGAGCAGCUUAUGAGGAAGAAAAACUAA